UAGCCCCCAGCCCCCAGCCCCUGAGCCCUAAGGCAUCUGCAUCUGACCACACUAGUGUAAUUAUUAACCGUACAACUUCCGUAAUAUUGCUAUUAAAAUAUUAUUUACAAUGUUCUCCACAUUUCUAAAAAGGGCACUCGUAAACUUCAAUUUCUACAAGUGCAAUAUUCAUAGUAUGUUGCAAUUAUCUGAUACUACUUUCAAAGAAGCGAUUGGAAAACAUAUAAAAGUACAGGGUUGGGUUCGCGCAGUCAGAAAGAUGAAAGACGUUAUUUUUCUUGACAUCACCGAUGGAUCGACUUCGAAAAUGUUGCAAAUUAUUGUACCAAAAUCCAUGAAACCUAAUGAGUUAAGUUAUGGAAGCAGUAUCAAAGCGGAAGGAGAAUUAGCUUUGGCUUCCGACGGUAGGGUUGAAUUACUCGCAAGUGAUAUCGCUGUGAUCGGUACAUGCAAUGUUAUGGAUGGAUAUCCUUUUGCCCCGAGAAAACAGUAUUCCGAGGAAUAUGUUAGACAAUAUUUGCAUUUAAGACCAAGGACCAGAAACUUUUCCAGCGUAUUAAGAUUACGCCACUUAGCAUCCUCAGCUAUUGAAAAUUAUUUUAGAGAUAGACAAUUUAUUCGUAUACAUACUCCAAUUUUAACCUCCAAUGAUUGCGAAGGUGCUGGUGAAUUGUUUCUAGUAAAACCACAUUCUACGCAAAUAUUAGAUAGUAUGAAAAGGGAUGGUAUUUCAGAAGAAGAAUCGUAUUUUAAUGCCAGCACGUUUUUAACAGUUUCUGGCCAAUUACAUUUAGAAGUUGCUGCAAGAGCUCUUACAAAAGUAUAUACUUUUGGACCAACGUUCAGAGCUGAAAAUUCUAAAUCGAGAUUACAUUUAUCUGAAUUUUAUAUGUUAGAAGCUGAAUUGGCAUUUGUCGAUACUAUCGACGAUCUAAUAGACCAAGUUGAACUAUUCAUAAAAUAUAUUACGAAAGAUGUAUUUGAAAAGGGUGCUUCUGAUAUUCAGUCGAUUCAUUGUCAAGAACCACAGUGGUUGAAUCAAAAGUUUGCACGUAUAACGUACGACGAUGCAAUUAAGAUUUUAGAAAAUAACGUUAAUCAAUUCAAACAGCCUAUUACGUAUGGAACUUUGCUUUCUAAGGAGCACGAGUUAUUUUUAGUAAAAUAUAACGAUAAUAUUCCUGUAUUUGUCAUAAAUUGGCCACAAGAAAUCAAACCUUUUUAUAUGAAAGAAUGUAAAGAUGAUACUUCAAAGGUUGCUGCAAUGGAUCUCUUGGUACCUAAUGUAGGGGAGUUAGUAGGAGGAAGUAUUCGUCAAGAUAAUUAUGAAAAAUUAAAAUCACAAUUACCUUUAACAUGUAAUCUUUCAUGGUAUUUAGAACUUCGUAAAUACGGCAAUGUUACGACGGCUGGUUUUGGAUUAGGCUUUGAAAGAUUUUUACAAUGUAUUUUGAAUAUAUCAAAUAUCAAGGAUACUAUCCCCUUUCCUAGAUGGCCUCAUAAUUGCAGUUUAUGAAUAAAAUUUUCAGGAUUGUUGUGUAUUUGAUUCUUCCUAAACAAAGUAGCUGUCACCUGCUAUUCAAAUACUAUAAUAAAUAAAGGCCAUUCUAUGAAAAGAGUAAAGUAUAUCUAUACAAAGUAAUUCGGAAGAUAAUUUCUUCUUUUUUUCUUCCUUUAAAGCUUACUCUCUGAUGUGUACAGAAAGCAUCAUUUAAUAUCAGCUUAACGCUCGACAUUACAUAUAGUUUUAUUAUGCCAAGGACGAAGAGUAAAAUUAACUACGAUACAUAUUUUUUUCCUAAAAAUAAGUUUUAUUGAAUAUCGAAACAAAUCUCAACUAAAAAGUAACUUUUCAUAUUAAUGCAAUUUUAUUUGUUCAAAUAUUUAUAUAGUUAACCUCUAAUGAUUUUUCAGCAUAUUGACGAUUAUUAUAAGGGAUAUUUUAGAAAGGUAAAUUUAGGAUCAUAAAUAAGCAACCAAAGGCAGUCAGACCCCGAAUAAUCAACAAUAUUUUUUUUUUAUACAACAAAAUAAUCCUCUAGUAGUAACUGUUUUUCUUCCUUACCCAUUAUCAUCACGAUUAUUUUAGUAUUGAUAUUAUAUACAUUAUAAUCAACAAUUUUAUAUCACACAAGUUGUAUAGUAUAUCUAAUAGACUUGGGUAAUUUCACGUUACUUCUUGCGGGACCUCGUCUUUGUGUUUUGUAAAAUCAAAACAGAGACGACAUAUAUCUAGAAAACAAUGCAUCGAGUACCAUUCGAAUAUUUUUACAAAGUACAAACGGUAUGAAAUUCUUAAUUAGUCUUGUGCACGUCAGUGUUACAUUUCUGACAUCCUUGUGUCACAAAAUGCGAUUGCACUUUUCGUGUUGGGAAUGCUACUACGCUAUCUUGCUCUAAUUAAAUCGUCUUGAUUACAUUAACUAUGUACAGUUCUUAUUCUCUUUUCGCCUUAAUUAAAAUUAACAAAAGCUAAACACACGCAUACGCUUACACUUUCAUACAUUAAAACACACGCUUUAACUUAUACGGCGUGAUGUUUCAAAGUGAAGAGGAUGUAACUGAUUUUUUUUACCGUAUUGGCAGUCGAAAGGUAGACAAGUAAAAACAGGUAUACAAAAUGGAAAGAAAAAUAUGUAAAGAAGAAAAGAAACAUGAUCAUACGAUUAAAAAAGAGA